GCACAGGAGAGGCCCGCUGCCAGGGCAAGGACAGGAGAAUCCCGGGCCCCCAGCUCUGGAAUCUGGGCUGCUGGAGAGGCGGCUAAGGAGAGAGAGGCCUGCAGCAGCAGCAAGUGCCGACAUACUGCAGGUCUGGACGCCCCCCCCGCUAGUAACUCCUUGAGCACCAGCGUCCUUAUCUCUUCCUGCAGCUCCCUCCUCUCCUGCUAAUUCUGCUAAAGGUUGUGGCUGGGGAGCUCUCCUAGUUAUGACUGCUGUGACUGCAUCUUCAUCUGGAGUCAACACUAGACCAUGUUUACAGCAUGUGAACUGGGAGUUUUUGAUUUACUACAUGAAGCACAGGAACCAAUUCCAGCUGCAACAAUCGCUUCUCGCUUGGGCACCAGUGUGGAUGGAAUGGAGCAGCUGCUUGAUGCCUGUGUUGGACUGAAGCUUUUGAAAGUUGACAUACAAAACAAUAAAGGUUAUUAUUCCAAUACUCAUGCUUCCACUCAAUACAUGGUCAAGUCCAGCCCUAGGACACUCUAUCACACGAUGAUCCAUUACUCUAAUACUGUAUAUAAGUGCUGUCACUUUUUACCACAAGCUGUAAGGGAAGGAAAACCUCAGUAUGAAAGGACUUUUGGGAUAUCUUCAAAAGAAAUAUUUGAUGGUGUAUACAGAUCAGAAGAGGAGAUGCUGAAUUUUAUAUAUUUAAUGGACUCAACAUGGAAUAUUUGUGGGAAAGACGUUAUCCAAGCUUUUGACCUAUCUCUGUUUCACACAGUCUAUGACCUUGGAGGGUGUUCAGGGGGUCUUGCAAAACAAAUUGUAGCUACAUAUAAAGAUUCAACAGUCACCAUUAUGGACCUGCCAAAGGUUGUGCAAACAGCUAAGAAACAUUUUGUAACAGAUAAGGAGAAGCAGAUACAUUUCCUUGAAGGUGACUUCUUUAAUGAUCCCAUUCCGGAAGCAGACCUAUUUAUUUUGUCCAGGAUUAUUCAUGACUGGACUGAAGAAAAAUGCAUCGCACUGCUGAGAAAGAUUUACCAGUCUUGUACACCUGGAGGUGGAGUGCUGAUUGUUGAAGUCCUUUUAAAUGAAGACAGAAGUGGUCCAGUCAUUUCCCAGAUGUUCUCACUGCACAUGUUGGUCAUGGCAGAAGGAAAGGAACGGACGCCAUCUGAAUAUACAAAGCUCCUUACAGACUCUGGCUUCAGGGACAUUGAAGUCAAAGCAACUGGAAAGAUAUAUGAUGCAAUAUUGGGAAGGAAGUAGGGCUAAAUGUAA